AUGGUCCUGCCUGUCAUCAGACUGGAGAAGAACAGGACCAGGGGCCCCGAGGUCACAAGGAUUGGUGGAAGACCCCCUUCCCCCAAGUGCCCGUGCCCCUUUGAGCUGACACCCGAGCAGGUCUGGCUAAUAAUAAAGCCCAGCGGGCCUAGACAGAAACGCGGCCCUAACCCGGAGGCCGCGGGCACAGACCGCUCUCUGGGCUGCACCCGCGGGAGCCGGCUCUCCCUCCGCCCGCCUCGGCCGCCCUCCCCGCCUGGGAGGAGCCUGCGGAAGGGGGGUCGGUGGGCGGGGUCGACCCGAGCACCGGGGCGGAGGGGCGGCCUGGGCGGGGCUCCGCGCGUCCCCGCCCCCGCGGCGCCGCUGUUCGCCCCGCUGGUGCUGAUCCGCGCUCAGGCCGCCUGUCGCCACCGAGUGCCUCAGGCAGGAACCCUGGAGCUGUCCCACUUACAGGAAGGAACGUACACCUUUCAGCUCACUGUGACGGACACCGCUGGGCAGAGAAGCUCCGACAACGUCUCAGUGACAGUGCUUCCCAGGGCCUUCUCCACGGGAGUGAGCCUUGACCAGAAGAUGGGGACCCGCACAGCAACUGCCCAGCCUAGAACCACAGGACCGAGCAAAGAUGCCAGGGGGGGCUCCUUGUUGGAGAAGCCCCAGAAAGUCACUGCCCCAAACCAGCCCCCUGCGUCUUCAAACACGGAGAAGAGGAAUCAUUCCGCCUUCUGGGGACCAGAGAGUCCGACCGACCCUGGGAUGCCAGACAGUAGUUCCUCAGGGAAGAACAGAAAAAAGGAAAAUUAUAUUUUUGAGUCAAAGAGUGAUCGAGGAGGAGGGGAACACCCAGCCCCAGAAGCAGGUGCAGUGCUCCCCCUGGCCCUGGGUCUGGCCAUCACCGCUUCGCUGCUUCUCAUGGUCGCCUGCCGACUCCGACUGGUGAAACAGAAACUUAAAAAAGCUCGUCCCAUUACAUCUGAGGAGUCUGACUACCUCAUAAAUGGGAUGUAUCUGUAAUAAGCAGAGUUAUAUAGCGGGGGCCAAGGACAUGUUUCACUUAUAAUUUAUACAUAUAUUGGGUUCUGGAUAUUUACAACCUUUUUUGUUUCUAACUGGGCUAAGAAAACGGAAAACCCAGAAGAUUCUGCAAAUCCCAAACCUUUGUUUUUAUUUAUCCUAGAAAGAUUUUCCUUGGGAAGUAUGUGAAAUAUUUUGAAAUUUAGAGAGGAGUCCAUACGAUUAAAGACUUUCUCAAAGCUAAUUCUGAUUUAUGUAAGCUGUCACUGAAAAUGGAAAUUUGUAGUCAACCAAGGCAGAAAAUUCAGUACCUCAAGCGAUGGCCUUAGACUGGCAGUGCUGACCCUUUACUUUUUAGAACCCCUGGCAACCCUGGACCACGUUAUGCACAGCUUUCCCUGGUUCUGUGGGUCUCCUAUUCCUCACUUUAAGCUUCCAAUGCUCUCCUUUCUUUUCUCCCUUCAAAACCUGCUCUGAGAACAGACCUCAAAUGAGUUUACACCCUCAGCGAGAUGCUACCUGUGGCAGGAAUACCUGAAUUAUAAACCUUAGGAACAGGUCAGUGAGGUCGCAGGGCAAGUCAAAGGGGGUUCUUCCCAGGGCCUCUGACUACAUGUCAUGUAGGUGGCUGCCUCAUUAGGCUGCCUUGCAGGAGAAAAAACCCAGACUUUGGGUCGCAAAUAGCUCUAACAUGGUCAUGAAGUGAGAAGGAAAUCAAAGUGGAAGCGGAGAACCUGGCAGGUCAAACAUGUUAACAGAAACUCAGCUGAGGGCGAAGCAAGCAAGGAGGAUGCUGAGUUCUUUCUCUUGUCUACUCGACACUGCCCGACGACCCAGAACACAGCAGCUCAUUCAUACAGUCCCUAGUUUGCAACAUGAGUCUGUGUUGAUGGAAAAGAAAAAUGCAUUCAAAUUGAAAAACAGAAGAGUGAGUGGAUUUCUGGGUAUAGCUUUUGUGAAAAAUGUCACGUUUAAGUAUCAGCAGGUUCUUUUACCCAAUGAAUGAGCCAGUUUUCCCCAUUAUUUACUUAAUGCUAUAAAAUGUCAUAAUGUGUAAUCAGCGACUGCCACACUUACGUAUUCCCAGAGCAUAGGCAGUUUUGCACAAAUUCACCUUUAGAGAAAACCGGCAUCUAGCUUAGCAUCUUUUCCCUUUUAAUAUGUAGGAUUUUAAAGGCAAAUUAUUCCCAUCACCACUUAAUGCCGGGAUUUAACACAUUCUAGAAAUUAUUCUACUAUGAGGAAUGUAUAGCGUGGUGCCUGUCUACAUUCACAUGAUGUUCCUGUUUACAUAAUAUGGUUUUUUUUUUUACCAUAAGUGGCAAAUCUUUUAAAAUACGUGAAAACACUCUAGAACCCUUUAUUUUCAGACUGAAGCUGAGGUAUGUUGUUCCUUUAGCAAAGGGUUUAGUUUGGGUCAGAGAUACAAUAGAAUGCAUUAACAAAUGGAAAGUUAGUCUUAGAAAAACAAAGAAAUUGGUUAUUUUUAUUUCCUGAGAAACCCAAGCAUUUUGUUGGAUGUUUAGAAUUGAGCAAAGAUUUAAAUUUCUCCUCAAGGGCAUUUGGAGAGAUGACUGUGUGAAUGAACUCACGAUGUGUGCUCUGUGAUGCCAGGCAGUUUGUUUUUUAUAAAAGGAUGUCCCCUACAGCCAUACCCAAUAAAAUCAAAACUGAUGAGG